AUUCAACCAAUGAAAUUUCAAUGAUAGACGCACCUUUUCUAAGGAAGUCAAGGACGUAGAAGUAAUUGCGAGAGUUCGAGAGAAUAAAUUCUAGUUAAAAAUGGCAUCCAAAGGCAAGAAGAUGAGAAUGAGCUGGGAAGUUCCAGCUUCCACGAUGUCCCAUCAGACAUUUAAUCCGAUCCGUAACAUCGUGGAUACAAUGCAGCUUACCCCCCAUCCUGACAAGGAAAUGAUCGCCCUGUCUAUUGGAGAUCCUACAGUCUUCAACAACCUGCCUAUACCAGAGUACAUCAACAAAUGUGUUGUGGACAAGAUCCAGGGACAAAAGCAUAAUGGAUACAACCCAUCCAUUGGUUAUGAAGAGUCCAGAGAGGCAGUAGCACGGUACUCAUCUACCCCAAAUCGGAAACUCACAGCGAAGGAUGUGAUUUUGACUGGUGGAUGUUCCAUGGCACUGGACCAUUGUAUCUGUGUACUAGCCAACCCAGGACAGAACAUUCUUGUGCCACAGCCAGGAUUCUCCAUUUACAAAACACUGGCCGAGUCUCAUGGCAUCAAAGUCAAGCACUAUAAACUCAGGCCUGAGAAGAACUGGGAGGUGGAUCUGGACCAUUUAGAAUCUCUGAUUGACGACAAAACGGCAACGAUUCUAGUCAACAACCCGUCCAAUCCAUGUGGUUCAGUGUUCAAUCGGAGCCAUCUUAUGUCCAUACUAGAGCUGGCCAAAACACACAAAGUUCCCAUUAUUGCUGAUGAAAUAUAUGAACACUUCGUGUUUUCUGGAAACCAGUAUCACUCUUUAGGAUCCCUGUCAAAUGAUGUACCCAUUCUGUCGUGUAGCGGACUAACAAAAAGAUUUCUAGUCCCAGGCUGGAGACUUGGAUGGAUAGUAAUUCAUGAUUGUAAUGAUGCAUUGAAAGAGGUGCGUCAAGGCCUGAUCAGAUUGUCACAACGACUUCUUGGUCCAAAUUCCAUUGUACAAGCAGCUCUUCCAGAUAUUUUGUCAGGCACACCCCAGCAUUUCUUUGAUGAGACAUUGCAAUAUGUGGAGGAGAAUGCAAGAAAUUUCUACAAUAAACUCAACAAAAUUCCUGGACUGAAGCCUGUGGAACCCCAGGGAGCUAUGUAUUUGAUGAUUGGUAUAGAUAUAGACCAUUUCCCUGGAAUUAAAGAUGAUGUGGAUUUCACUGAGAAAUUAGUCAAAGAACAGAGUGUUUUCUGUCUUCCUGCUAAGUGCUUUCAGUUUCCAAACUUUUUUCGGAUAGUUUUAACUAUUCCCAAAGCCAAAGUGUCUGUAGCCUGUGAGAGAAUAGAAGAAUUCUGCAGAGAACACUACAGUCCAGAAAAAGUAUCCACUGGAAAACUGAUGAAUGGCAGCGAAUCUCACUAAAACUGACCACUAACUAUACUGUAUAUAUGAUAAGGGAAGUCUAGCUUAAGGUUUUAAAAAAAAUUGCUGUUCCACUUCAAAAGAUACAUUGUAAUUUUAUGCCUCAAAGGUCGAAGAUCAAGGGAUAUUAUAUCUAGCUUCUCUCCCUUCCAGUUACAUUGACCUAUACGGACAAGCCAGUUUCUUUCAAAUUUUCAGGAAUGGUAACUUGCCUAAGAAUCUGGAUUCCCAUUGGUUUCCCCAAAUGUUACAGUUUAAAGUUAGCGAAAGGGAAAUUCCAAAUUUUCGUAUUUGCACAAUAUACUGGUAUGCUACAUUUCUGAUUUCAUAUUCAUCAGUCUUUUAGGAAUAGUGAUUUGCAUAAAGUUGGUUUUUAACAUCAAAAUGUUAGCAGUUAAGAUUACUGGAAAGGAACUGCCAAAUUCUCUUGUGUGUAGGACAUUUUAGUGUAUUUUGUACCCAAUUUCAAUGAUAUAAUCAUGUAGUUUUACAAUUGAAAACGAAGACCUGGGUUCCAUUUUGGUUUAGGAAUCUUGGGAUAAGUUUUUUGAAGAUAUUGGGAAUAUGUUGCUAGGUGAUAACAUUGCUUUGUAGAUUCCUUGUUCAAAGUUAAUGUGAAGACCACAUACAAUGUAUCAAGUAUUGUUUCAUGGUUUAAACUGCUAGUCAACACUUGGUCCUCAACAAAUUAACAAAUAUAGUCAAUUUAGAUACAUGUAUUUGGGUUGUUUGACCCAAAUAAUGAUUCAAUUUAAGAUAUUGAGUGCAGUGGAGGUUAAUUUAUACAUCCUAUUAAUGUGAAUAUGUAUACCGGUAGACAUUUUUAAUUCAGGACUUUUAGAAUUAUCAGUCAUAGUGUUGUUAUGAUAUAUCUGUUGUACAUAUGUAUAUAUAUUUUGUUCUUUUGAAUUGUUACAUAUUGCAUUUAUUUUGUGCAGAAUUUUGUGCUCUCCAAUAUAUGCAAUUUAUGUUUACAUACUGUACAUUUGACUAAAUAUGAUAUUAUGUAUUAUAUAUAUAUAUUGUAUAGGGGGUCUCCAGAUUAUCAAUCAGUAAAUUUACAUUGUACAAAACUUAUCUCCCUUUGUUAUUGUUUUUUUUUUUUUUUUUUUUUUUUUGGUCUUUGUUAUUACUGUGGAUAUUUGCUGUGUAUUUAUCUUAUAUCUUUUAUGAUAAUUUUACAAAAAUAUUUUUUUUUUAGUUGGUCGUUCUUUUUGUUUGAUGAACAAACUAGGAUCAUUAUACAUAUUUUGUAACAUCCAUGUAUAUGAUGGUUUCUCUGUUCUGUUCUACAUUUUCGUUACAAUUACAGGAAUAGUAAUUCCAGUCUAUGGGAGAAUUAACAGUGUUUCCUGAACUAUUCAACAUUCUUUCAAUCUUUAAAACCAUUUUGUAAAUUACCAUGACAGUGUAUAAAGGUAAAAACUUUUACUUUACAACUCAACAAGCAGUUACUCAGAGGUAUAUUUUUAACUUAGUCGACAAUCUCAGUAUUAUUUUUAGUGACAUGUAUGGUAUUGGAUACAUUUUUAUAUAGAACAAUGUACAUAAUGUAUAUAGAUAUAACCCAAGGACAGCAUGUUUGGGGUAGGUCAUAGUGGUACACCUAGAUUGGAAACCACAUAUCAGGUAUGGUGCAGCUUAAAUGGUCUGAUGGGAGAAGACCAAAUUCUUUUGUUGACAAAAUGUUUCUGUUUGUUAGAUAAUCAUAAAUAUUCCUUUAUUCUGUUUUUUGUCUUGUUGAAAAUAAAAGUGAAGAAAAGUAAA